AUGAUAAAGCUGUACUUUCUUUCGUUCUUCUACUCAACUCUCAACCAUAUACCCCCUUUUGUUUGGGCCGUCUUCCAUGUCAUGGGGGACAUCUUCCAGUUUUGGAUGCGGCGACUGAUGAAUUAUUUCCGUCCUAAGUCUAGAAAUUUAUAUCACGGAGCUAUUGCAGAUCUGGAACAAAGCGACAACUACGAAGACUGGUAUCAAAGAGCUGCUGUAGUCGAUGAAAUAACCGGUGCGGACCUUUGGCGGCGCAAUUUUUACUCGCAACGUUACGAUGUCAAUUCAGUACUUGAACAGUACGCAGUUUUGGAUGAAGCUUUGGACGAAAGUGAUGCCCAUGUUAUCGUCCACCGAUUCAGUACAACAGGACCGUCUAUGCUCAGAAAUUUUGCUGGAAUCGUAGACAAGCGGCUUUUCACAAAAUCUCUUAUUGGCACCAAGUUAUUGAUCGAGCAGUAUCUCGACAAAGUGCUUGAAUGCCUCCAGUUUCUUUGUGAAACGCCAGCUGUUGCUAGAACUUCGUUUUUUCAAAGAUGUAAACUCUCUUUGGGUACAACAGCCUUCAUUUUGCAAGGUGGCUCUUUAUUUGGCCUUUUCCAUCUAGGCGUCAUAAGAGGUCUAUUAGACCAGAAGCUGCUUCCAAACAUCAUCAGCGGUAGUUCUAUGGGUGCAUGCAUUGGUAGUUUAUGUUCUGUGCUCACGAAUGAUGAGCUAUUUGCGUUGCUUUCUGGUGAUAAUCUUUUAAACGAGAUUAAAUCGGAUCUAGAACUGUUGAAGAAAUGCGGCUACGGAAAUAUCGAUCAAGAUUUGAACCUUGGUUCCCUACUGCAAAAUGUGAUACAUCGUGGUUACUCGAAAGAUGUCUUCUUGUUUAUAAACUUCGUGAACAAAGUGGUGAUCAAGGAUUUAACUUUCGAGGAAGCGUUUCAACGGACAGGAAAAAUAUUAAACAUUAUUGUGCACCCUACUGAUCGCAACAGGUGCCCGUCAUUACUGAAUUAUGUUACUACGCCCAAUGUGCUUAUAGCUUCAGCCAUAGAUUGUAGUCUUGGUUCUGAAGUCGUUUCAAGUGGGACCAAGCUGCUGUGCAAGAAUCUCAAAAAUGAGAUUGUUGACUACAUCACAAACACUGGCGAUUCUCGUUUGAUGUUUUUAACUCCUCAAAAUGCUACCGAAACUGGCUUAGUUGAGAGCCCGUAUACAAGGCUGACCGAGUUAUUCAAUGUUAACAAUUUUAUCGUGUCAUUGGCGCGUCCCUAUCUGGCGCCCCUUGUGAUGAAUGACCUUAAGCAUGAAAUCAAAACGUCAAAAUAUUAUUAUUACAAACACUAUCCCACUACAGAUAUGAGCAAUUUUACUCCCUUACAGCUCUCCAACAUGAACGAAGUUGAACCUCUUGGAUUUAAAUUUAGGUACCACUUGGAGCGGAAGUUGAAGCAUAUCAUCACCAUGGAGUUUCGUCAUCGAGUCGAGGUCUUAGACAACCUGGGUAUACUAAGUCAUUGGAUUAAGAAGUUAGCGAUAGAUGAGAAGACGCCUAGAUCUGCCACUGAAAUCACUAUUGUACCUAAUAUGAAGAGUCUAUCUUUCAGCAGAGUCAUUGAAGGCCAGCUGGAUAAUAUUCCGUAUUGGAUAAAAUGUGGAGAACAAAGUUGCUGGCCAGUUUUAGCUCUGAUAAAAACUCGCUGUGCGGUUGAGUUCGGUCUGGAUGAAAUUAUCAAAGCCAGAAAAAACACAUGA